CCGCUCUGCCCCGCCGCCUCUAUCCCGGAAGUUGUGCCUGGCUCCUGAUCGCGUGCGCCCCGCCAGUGGUGUCGGUGGUUGGAGCUGUCGGGCCGGCUUGCGAGAACAUCGCCAUGCCUUUGGCCAGAGAUUUACUGCACCCUUCCUUGGAAGAGGAAAAGAAAAAACAUAAAAAGAAACGGCUAGUUCAAAGUCCAAAUUCUUAUUUUAUGGAUGUAAAAUGUCCAGGUUGCUACAAGAUUACCACGGUUUUCAGCCAUGCUCAGACGGUGGUUCUUUGUGUAGGUUGUUCAACAGUUUUGUGCCAGCCUACAGGAGGAAAGGCCAGACUCACAGAAGGUUGCUCAUUUAGAAGAAAGCAACACUAAUGAGCUAUACAACUUUCUGAACUUGUUUUUUUCACAGAAAGCCUUAUCAUAAGUUCAGUAAUUGUAAUGAAUCUACCAAGAUAAUGUAAUUAUGUUUGAUUUUGUAAGGUGCACAGCUUUGAUCUCCUAUUUUGAUGGCAGUUUUUCAAUAAAGGUUUGAUUAUGGACAAA